UCAGAUUCCGCCACGCAGCCCUUCGAGAUGGCCCUCUUCCAUCUAACGGUCCAGAUCAGCAUAUGCCUAUUACAUUUCUCUUUGCUAUCUAGUGUUGUGUGGUCGAGAGAGAUCGAGAUCGAGAUCGAGAUCGUGAGAGAGUGGGCAUCUUCUUCUUACUUGGAUUCUUGCAGUUCAUCUUCCGUACGCAGCACCUUGCAAUUCCGUGGCGGGAACCCCGACUCACUCCGCCCUCUCCAGCAUGAAAAUAACCCCAUGAGUACAGAAAAAUCAGUAGGCAAACCUCCUCCAUUCUUUCAACGGUUCUCAUCCUGCUUUCAAGUCUGGAGGAAAUCGUUCUGGUCCUGACUCUCUGUGUUUCUCUUCCCAAGUGACAAUGACAACUAUCCCACCGUCAAGUACAAUGCAGGCCCACAAUCUAAACAGUGAAGUUAUCAAAUUGGCGGAAUCAUCAGUCACUGCCUAUCAUUGUGAUAGAAUUAAAGGCACCCACAAAGCAAAUAAACUGCACUCAUUGAGAAGAAACAGAAUUCGUCGAGGAAGCUCAAGUGAUGUAAUCAGUACUGCUCAUCGCAUUCAUCAUUUGAAAAUUUGUGCCAUGUCACAAAGUUUUGUUGAUCAAAUUGGGCUUCAUUUGGGUACGAGUAGUGAAACUGAAGUACUAGAAAAGACACCAUCGUAUUUAUUUAGAACGGAAAUCGGUGGGCAGGUGAAGGUAUCAGUUGGAAGAAAAAACACGAAAUAUGCCGUAUAUAUUGAAGUUUCAUCCUUGCCAAAAUGGAGCAGUGAACAUAACCUGGCAUUAAGCUGGGGCGUGUUCAGAUCUGACGCUUCACGUUUGAUGGUUUUAAACUCUCAAAGCUCAGAUCCAAACACAAGCAAGUCUUUGUCAGAAACCACUGUCCAAACGCCGUUUGUGGAGAAAUCUCUAGGUAGACAUGCAGCAGAGUUGGAAUUUGAUUCAAAUCAAGCUCCAUUCUACCUAUCUUUUCUUCUGCACUCUUCACUCGGUGCAGCUGCUGGUGAGUCAGGGAUAAGAACUCAUAGGAAAACAAGUUUCUGUGUGCCCGUGGGUAUCGGUUCAGGAUGUCCUGUGCCUUUUGGCAUUUCGUUUUCCCGCGACGGUUCGGUGAAUUUCUCUUUGUUUUCAAGGAAUGCGGAAAGAGUUGCCUUGUGCUUGUAUGGUGAGAUGACAGACGAGCCCUCAUUAGAGAUUGAUUUAGAUCCUUACGUUAAUCGAACAGGUGAUAUUUGGCAUGUUUCGAUGGAAAAUGUGGACGGCUUUGUGAGCUACGGGUAUCGAUGUAAGGGAGACAUUCUUUGGGACAAGGGGAGUAGAUUUCAUGUGCGACAUGUGCUAUUGGAUCCAUAUGCAAAGAUUCUUGGAAGUUUCUUUCCUGAUCAAGGCAAAUCUAUCUCUCUGGCAAAGUGUCUUGGGCGCUUGUCCAAGGAACCUGCGUUUGAUUGGACGGGCCAUGUCUAUCCGUGCUUGCCUAUGGAGAAACUUGUAGUUUAUCGACUAAAUGUGGGGCGUUUUACUGAGGACAAGUCCAGUCAGCUACCUACAGAUGUUGCCGGGACCUUUACUGGUCUCAUUAAGAAGCUACACCAUUUCAAAACUCUGGGUGUAAAUGCAAUCUUAUUGGAGCCGAUUUUUCCUUUUGAUGAACAAAAGGGACCCUAUCUUCCAUAUCAUUUCUUUUCACCGCUGAACUCAUACGGGCCCACAUGUGAUUGUUUGUUGGCUAUUACUUCCAUGAAAGAGAUGGUUAAAACAUUGCAUGCCAAUGGCAUAGAGGUUCUACUGGAGGUCGUUUUCACAUCCACUGCCGAGGGAGGAGAUGCUGCCUGUCAAACAAUAGCGUUCAGAGGAAUUGAUAAUUCGUCCUAUUAUAUUGUUGGCAGGGAUGCAGAAUCAGCGGCUGAUAAUGCUUUGAACUGCAAUCAUCCCAUUGUCCAAAGGAUGAUUUUGGACAGUCUACAGUACUGGGUGACCGAGUUUCACAUUGAUGGGUUUUGCUUUAUGAAUGCUGCGUCUCUAACCCAAGGGUUGAAUGGAGAGCAUUUAUCCCGCCCGCCUUUGCUUGAGGCUAUUGCAUUCGACCCAAUACUUUCCAAGACUAAGAUCAUAGCAGAUUGCUGGUCUCCACUCGAAAUGUCAUGCAAAGAAAUCCAAUUCCCCCAUUGGAAAAGGUGGGCAGAAAUGAAUACGAAAUUUUGUCACGAUGUUAGGGAUUUCCUAAGGGGUGAAGGUCUCCUCAGUGACUUCGCCACACGGCUUUGUGGAAGUGGAGACAUCUUCUCAGAUGGUAGGGGUCCGGCAUUUUCUUUUAACUUUAUCACAAGGAAUUUCGGAUUUCAUCUCGUGGACUUGGUCAGCUUCAGCAGUGGUGAUCUCUCUUCGCAGUUAAGUUGGAACUGUGGUGAAGAAGGGCCUACAAGUAAUGCUGUUGUCCUAGAAACACGACUUAAACAGAUACGCAAUUUUCUCUUCAUCUUAUUCAUUUCGCUCGGCGUUCCUGUUCUUAACAUGGGGGAUGAAUGUGGCCAAUCGACAGGUGGGUCGCUAUCUGACAGUGACCGGAAGCCUUUCAAUUGGAAUAGUCUAAAAACCAGUUUUGCUAUUCAAACGACUCAGUUUAUCGCAUUUCUAAUUAGUCUUAGAAUGAGGAGAAAUGAUAUUUUCCAGAAGAGGAAUUUUAUGCUGGUAAAAAAUAUAGAUUGGAGAGGAAAUGAUCAAUUUCUGCCAAAAUGGGAAGAUCCAUCAUCCAAAUUCCUUGCCGUGACAUUGAAGACCGAUGAAGAUGAAGAUGACAGAUCUGAUAGGGGCGACUUAUUUAUUGCCUUCAAUGCAAGCAAGUCAUCGGAGAGUGUUAUUCUGCCUCAGCUUCCCGAAGAAAUGGAAUGGCUUUGUUUGGUCGAUACUUCUCUCCCAUUUCCAGGUUUUUUCUUGGAGGAUGGUGGGCCCACCUUCAAACAAGCAGGAUUAGCCACUUAUGAAAUAAUGUCUCACAGCUGUGCUCUAUUUGAAGCUAAAAGGAGGAGUUCCUGAAUUGUUUGAGCCAUUCAAUAAAGAAUCCGCCUACAAUAAAUACUACGAUCUAAUUGGCAGUAGCUUUUCAAUAAUUCCAUUUAGCUUAAAGCUGAAAAGCUAGUAAAUAAAGAGAAGGGAAAUCUUGCGACUUGUGUUGCUGAUUGUAUUGGAAGUUGUUGAGCGGUGUAAUCUAAAGCAGUAAUCAGUGUAUUUGUAAUGUAAGAGUUGUGUUAAUGAAGUUGAACGUAAGUUAUGUUGUGAUUCUUAAACAGAAA